GUAUUGGGGGUACUCUGUGGCAUCAUCACACGCCACUGUGUGUGUAUAUAUACAUCCUUUUGUUUUUUCUCUAUGUAUAGCUUCUUCAUCAUAUCACAAGUAUUAAACAUCGUAUCAUCAAAAACCCUAGCUUCUCACUGCAACAAUAUCAACAGUAUUUGUGGAAGAGGUUUGUUUUUAAAUGGGAAAUCGAGGUCAGAAAAGAGCAGAAACGGAUGAAGAAUUGCCGGCUGAUAAGCGACCAUGUAGUUCACUGGAUAACAGAGCAAGCACGUCUGGCACAUCUGCACAAAUUCCAGUGAUCUCCACUAAUUUAUUGCAGGAGGGGGAUAUGGAUACAUCAUCUUCGAACUCUGAUUCUCACCAUUCAGAUGAAGAAAAGGACUCUGCCUAUGGUUCUUGUGAUUCAGAUGAAAUGGCUGACAUAGACCAGAGGCAGGAGAUGUAUCGUGGUUAUCAGCACCGAAGAACUUCAGAUGAUCAUUCUAGACUAAAGGCAGUUUUGUUAAGUUUGAGCAAUGAGGUUGAAGAAUCUGCUUUAUUAGCUGCACUUACAGAGCUCUGCGAGUUGUUGCCUUUCUGUACUGAGGACUCUUUAUCAAGUUUGCUGGUCCAGUCGUUGUCACCAAUCAUCGUAAAAUUAUCUAAACAUGAGAGCAAUCCGGAUGUACUGCUUUUGUCUAUUAGAGCUAUGACUUAUUUAUGUGAUGUCCAUACACGAGCCUGCAGUUAUCUUGUCAAAUAUGAUGCAGUACCUGCAAUUUGUCAAAGACUGCUGAACAUUGAGUACUUGGAUGUAGCUGAACAAUGUUUGCAAGCAUUAGAGAAAAUAUCACGUGAGAAACCGCUUCCUUGUUUACAAGCUGGGGCGAUAUUGGCUGUUCUGAAAUAUAUUGAUUUUUUCUCAACAAGUGUGCAGAGGGUCGCACUUAAUACUGCAGUGAACAUAUGUAAGGAACUUCCUGCUGAUUGUCCUCCAUCUUUAAUGGAAGCAGUCCCAUUAUUGUGUAACCUUCUGCAGUACGAGGAUAGGCAGCUUGUUGAGAAUGUAGCUAUUUGCUUGAUAAAAAUAGCCAAGCAAGUUUGUCACUCUUCUGAGAAGUUAGAUGAGCUUUGCAAGCAUGGUUUGAUUCAUCAGGCCACACAUCUUAUUGACUUGAGUAGUCAAACUACUUUAUCUCCAUCAGUUCAGAGUGGUUUGAUAGGAAUACUUGUCAAACUUGCUUCAGGUUCUGUUUCAGCUGUCAGAACUUUGUUCGAGCUUAAUAUAAGCAACAUACUAAAGGACAUCUUGUCUGCUUAUGGCCGUUCACACGGAACACCUUCGCUUAUUAUGGUCGAUAGCACUUGUGAGGUUCAUGAAGUGUUCAAGCUAAUAAAUGAGCUGCUUCCUUCUGUAUCCCAAGAUCAAGAGUCGGAUAUAAACAGAGACAAGAAAAUCUUUUUGCUAAAUCAACCAGAUCAUCUGGAGAGGUUUUCUAUGGAUUUACUGCCUGUCCUAAUCCAGGUGGUUAAUUCGGGUGGUAAUGUUUAUGGUUGUUUUUGCUGUCUAUCUGUUGUCAACAAGUUGGUUUAUAUCAGUAACUCAGACAUGCUCCUUAAAUUGCUCCAGUCUUCCAACAUUUCAAGCUUCUUGGCUGGUGUAUUUACUCGGAAGGAUCAUCAUGUGUUGAUGUUAGCACUUCAGAUUGUUGAAAAUAUCUUGCAAAAGCAUUCAGAUGUGCUCUUAAGUUCCUUUGUAAAGGAAGGUGUCCUGUUUGCUGUGGACACACUUGUGGCACCAAAUAGGGGUUCACAGUAUCUGUUUCAAAUGUUUAAUGGUAUUCAAUUAUCAAGCGAUCAACAUCAGAAAUCUGCUGCAAAGAAUGAACCAAAUUGCUUAUGCUAUGCUUUUGAAACUACUCUAUCUUCAUCAACUUCAGAAGCACGGACUUGCAAGUUGGAAAAAGAUUCUGUUUAUAACCUAGCGGAGCGUAUAAGGAAAAUUUACUUUGCCACUGAGUUGUCAAACUCAAAGGAAAGAACGAGCGACAUUUUUCAAGAUCUUAAAGCGAUAUCUGCGUCGUUGACAGAUAUGGUGAACUUGUCCGUGAGUAGUGGCGCUUCAGCUCUCAAAGAAGCAGACUUUGAUGAUAUUUUGCGUAAAAUUAUGUCGCAGCUUAGUGGAAGGGAACCUAUUUCAACUUUUGAGUUCUUGGGGAGUGGAAUCAUAAAGUCUUUACUCGGUUAUCUAUCAGUAGGUCAUUGCAUCCGUGGAAAACCAGAUAAAAAUGGUGGAUCUAGUUGCGAUAUUUACACAGUAGAGAAAAGAUUUGAGGUGCUUGGGCGACUUCUUUUUCCAUCGUCUGACAUGGUGUUAGACCCUUAUUUAACUGAACUGAUUCAUAAAUUGCAAAGUGCACUAUCAUCUGUAGAAAAUUUACCUGUCAUGUUGAACCAUGGAUCCAAGCAGAGGAAACAGUACGCUUGUGUUCCAUAUGGUCGCUAUAUUUCUCAUCCUUGUAUGAAAGUGCAGUUUGUGAGAGGAGAGGGAGAGUUAAACCUUGAUGAUUAUUCUGGACAAGUUCUCACUGUUGAUCCCUUCGCAUCUUUGGAUGCAAUAGAAGGAUACUUGUGGCGCAAGGUUACUGGAAAGAGAACCAAGGGCACCAGUCCUGCAACGUCUCCAUCAGCAUCUGGUUCGCCUCAACGAGGAAGUUCAGAAUACACUGAUUCUGAAAGCAUGUCUCAGGAUUUGCAAGAUAUGCAGGAAGACAAACCUAACUUAAAACAAGCAGAAUCUGGAGAACAUGGCAAGUUAAGACAGACCACUUCUGAAGUCCAUACUGAAUCUGGGGAGCAAAAGCAACAUGUUUGUUUUGUACAAGAAGAUAGUAACUUGAUUUCAGUGUGUCCUGAAUCCUGCAACUGCGGAGAUGCUUCGUCAAACCUAAUAUUUUACCUAAACGAGCAACAUCUUGACCACACAUUGACACUAUACCAGGCUAUUCUGCAGCACCACACAAAAGCAGAACAAGAGAAUAUUACUAGUGCGUCAUUGUGGAGUCGAACAUAUGAAUUGACUUACAGAAGAGUUCUGAAAUGUAAACAAGGCUGUUCAGGACUUCAGCACCAACAGGCUCCUUGUUCACAAGCAUUAGAGAAAAAUUUGGCAUAUCCGAAGUACACUUCAUUUUUUUCUGACAUGUUUGUUUCUGAUCUUGCUUCUGACAUUGAAAAGUCAACUCCAGCAUAUGACAUUUUAUUAUUGCUCAAAGUUUUGGAAAGCAUGAAUAGGUUUAGGUUUCAUCUGAUAUCUCGGGAAAGGGUAUGCUCUUUUGCGGAAGGAAGAAUUCAUAAGUUGGAUGAUUUAAAAGUUUCUGUGGCUUAUGUUACCCAAAAUGAAUUUGUCAACUGUAGAUUGACAGAAAAACUAGAACAGCAGAUGUGGGAUCCGCUAUCUGUGUCCAUUGGUAGCAUGCCUGCAUGGUGUAGCCAAUUAAUGUCCUCAUGCCCAUUUUUAUUUAGUUUUGAGGUAAGAUGUAGGUAUUUCCAGUUAGCAGCUUUUGGUCAGCGGCAACAUCAACCCCAUCUAUCAUCUAAUAACGCAGGAGGCUCCAAUAGCAGGCAGCAUCACAUUAGUGGCCUGCCUCGUAAAAAGUUUCUAGUUCAUCGAGAUCAAAUUCUUGAAUCAGCAACUCGUAUGAUGAACCUUCACGCCAGUCAAAAAGUUGUUCUUGAAGCAGAAUUUGAAGAUGAAGUUGGUACUGGUCUUGGUCCGACAUUGGAGUUCUAUACAUUGGUCAGUUAUGAGUUUCAGAAAUCUGGAUUGGGCAUGUGGAGAGGAGACAAUAUGUCAUUUAAGGCCUCGAAAAGCUUCCAGGCAGAGGACGCAUCAGGGUUAUCUACUCUUUUUGGACUUUUUCCUCGCCCGUGGUCUUCCCAGGAGAGUAAUGGGGUAGAAUUUACUGAAGUUAUCAAAAAGUAUACACUUUUAGGACAGGUGGUGGCAAGAGCUCUCCAAGAUGGUAGGAUAUUGGAUCUUCCCUUGUCCAAAGCAUUUUAUAAACUUAUACUUGGGCAGGAUCUCACCUUGUAUGAUAUUCAGUCGUUUGAUCCUGGACUGGGCACUACUCUUGUAGAGUUCCAAGCAAUUGUUGAAAGAAAUAAAUAUAUGAAAUACGUCUCUGGUAAUAUAUCAACUUGCGGAACUGAGUCUUGCUUCCGAAAUACGAGAAUUGAAGAUAUUUGCCUUGAUUUUUCUAUUCCCGGGUAUCCUGACUUUGUUACUUCUGUUAGUAAUUCAAAGAUGGUUAAUAUGAAUAAUUUGGAGGAAUAUGUUUCACUCCUCGUUGAUGCAACUAUACAUUCUGGGAUUUCCAGACAAGUGGAAGCUUUCAAGCUGGGGUUUAAUCAAGUGUUCCCUGUCAAAAAUCUGCAGAUCCUUACUGAAGAGGAACUGGAGCAUUUGUUAUGUGGAGAAUGUGAAGUAUGGAAUAUGAAUGAGCUUUUGGAUCACAUCAAGUUUGAUCAUGGAUACACCGCUAGCAGUCCUCCUGUUGUGAAUAUGCUAAGUAUCAUACGGGAGUUUGAUCGUCAGCAGCAGAAAGCAUUUCUGAGGUUUGUAACAGGUGCACCGAGGCUCCCUCAUGGAGGUCUGGCUUCACUAAAUCCAAAGUUGACAAUCGUACGGAAGCAUUGUAGCGGAUCUGCAGACAAUGACCUUCCCAGCGCGAUGACUUGUGCCAACUUUUUGAAGCUACCGCCUUACUCCUCAAAAGAGAAGAUGAAAGAAAAGCUUAUGUAUGCUAUAACAGAAGGGCAAGGGUCUUUCGACCUUUCAUAGGAUUACCAAGUUUAAGUCUACAGGGUAUAUAAGAUGUGAAUAUGUAAUUAUCAGAAUAGUUGGUGGUAGUGGCACAGAGUAACACGAGUAAGCAGUUUAGUGGUGGAAGGGAUUGUACAGAAAUAUAAUAUGCAUAAUAUUAAGAUGGUUAAGUUUUCUCCACCGUUUUUUCUCUUA